AUGGACAAUCCAGAAACACCGGAGGACCAUGGCACUGCUGAACAAUACCCACCUCUCAACACUAAAGAAGAAGACCCUGGUACUAGUCAUCUGCCCUACGAAUAUACUCCUCUGCCAACAUCAAGUUCCAUCCGCUUGGCCCGCCUUGACAGACCAUGGAGAGAUGACGGAGUCAUUUCCCUUUCCUUAUACACAGUUGAUUUGAAUGACGAUCCUCCACCGAGUUAUCAGGCUCUUUCCUACACCUGGGGAGCUCCCAUCUCGGUCUUCUCAACCGCGGAGGAACGAGACGCCCCUGCACCGCCCGAACAAAAUAUCAUUGUCGACGGACGCACAGCAAAAAUCGGUCAUAACCUUUUCCUCUUCAUUCAAUCCUGGUCAAAGUCAUUCAUCGCCAUGCUUCUCGAUGAGAGCAGAGCCAAGCGCGCCCGCGAGGCAGGCCUCCUCCCCCCAUUGAACCUCUGGAUCGAUGCUUUGUGCAUCAAUCAGGCCGAUAAUGACGAGAAAGCCAGCCAGGUCGCCAUGAUGGGGCGUAUCUACGCGGCCACCACGAGCGUUACUGUGUGGCUCGGGCCUGAAGACGUCUUCACACGCCCGGCGUUAGAUCUCAUCUUCAGGAUGUUCAACAUAUCGCAGAACCAGACCCGUGCGGCAGCCCUGCUUGGAGGAUUUGGGCACACUGCGAAAGCGCUGGGCCUGCCAGAGGAGAGCUCGACUCAGUGGUGGGCACUUUAUGCGUUUCUACAGAGGAGCUGGUUCCGCCGGGCGUGGAUCACUCAGGAGGUGGCGUUGGCCCCCAAAAUAUCUGUGGAAGUUGGGCUCCUGUCCCUGCCUUGGAUUGUGCUACCAAAAGCAGCCGCAGUGUUGUAUGAGAGCAGGCUGGGCGAUAUGAUGGAAUACUUUGCAUGGUUCGAGAUGUCGGGUCCCAAAUUUGAGGAGCCGCUGUUUCUGGACGACAUGACGCCUAUAAUGCAAACAAGUGAGAGAACGGACGAUGACAGGAAUCUCUUCUCGACGUCAAAGCAGCGUGCAGCCUCAUUUCAUAACAUAAUCAGGCUCCAGUCAGCUCGUGACGGAGAUGGUUCCAGAUUGGGCACUUUCACCGGGUAUCGACUGGGGACGAGGAGGACAGACAUCAUUGAUUCCAUUCCGAUUUUGCAUAUGUUCGACUCCACACGACGAGCUGAAGCAACAGAUCCGCGAGAUAGGAUCUAUGCUUGCCUGAGUCUCUCACAAAGAGACACUCACGAUAAGGAGACAGUUUCGCCUUUGAGAAGGACCAUCCUCCCGAAUUACAACCAUUCUACCGAGAAGGUAUAUAUUGAGGCAGCAUGGUACACUCUCUUGUCUGGUAACGAUUUGGAGCUGCUCAUGAGGUCGUAUGUCGAUACAAAUGAAGACCAAGUCAAUGAUGGCAAGGGCAAUGCUCUGCCUUCCUGGGUCCCGGACUGGAGACAAACACUGGCUGAGGCGCCACUUUGGAGUCUGCAGACAUACAAAGACUCCAACUGGUCUGCAUCCAAGGACCUUGUUUGGGUGCCGCCCGAGGACUCGACAGUUGUAUAUGGUAAAACAUUACCAGUGAAUGGUGUCUUUGUUGACACCAUUAUCGAUGUUGUUGAAUCUGACAACUUUUCAUUGAGCAAGUGUGGUGCAGUUGCAACAGAGCUGCCGAAAGAGUACCCAUGGGCAGAUGGGAGCCUUCUCCGGUCUGAAGUUCUCUGGAGAACCCUCAUUGCAAAUAGUGAAGAUGAGUAUUACCCCGCAAGAGACUUUGGUGAGGCUUUCUAUUAUAUGUGGAUGGACGAGAUGAAGAAGGCGUCGCAGGAAUAUCAUUCAACAGACGGGUUAAAUGACCCGGAGAAAGAGAAGGAGUGGUAUCGGUUUGUGCACACCACAGGCAAAUUAUUUCCGCAUGGUGGUGAGCUGAAUGAGAAAUGGAAAGCAAAAGAGGAGCUGAAAGGGAUGCCUUUGCGGGAACACUAUGAGGUUUCUGUUAACCGUUCCAACCAGGAUGACUUUGCGGAUAACUUAAGCCGAAUACAAGCAGAACUUGGGUGGCAAACAACGAAAUCAACAACUCCCACAGCUAUGUCUCAGGUCGAUCUAAUGUUGACAAGAUUUCGUGAAAAAUUCAAAAUUGACACUGGCGAUGACUUCGAAGGGAGCAACGAGGCUCAAAGCGAGCAUGAUGCUCCGGAGCCGUCCGAAGUGAUCGAAUUUCCUCCCAAGGAAACCAAGACCUCUCACGAAUUUAGUCGCCUCCAGUCUUUCAGCAAGACCCGGAGGAUAUUCAGGACAAAGAAGGGAUACCUCGGAAACGGACCCCGGUUUGCUCGACGAGGAGACCAAGUCUGGGCUCUUGCAGGAUCGAAGGUGCCAUUCAUCUUGCGCCCGCACAAUAAUGAAGCAUUUCUUCUUGUGGGAGAUGCGUAUGUGCAUGGAUUGAUGCACGGCGAAGCAUUUGAAAACAAUGGUUCAAAUAUUAUGAAGAUUGAUCUAGUAUAA